CCUCAGUUCGGAGCGCGAGCCAAUCAUCUAGCCAGCUUCUCCUCUGAUCACGAGCUGGAUUUACAAUUCCGAGCAGCUGCUUUAAAAAAUAACUUGGAGCGAACGAAACGGUCGCCAUGGGGCAACACGGCGCCAAGACUGUCGUGUUCCUUAUUAGUUUUAAGGUGAGGAUGAAGCAAGCAAGGUGAACAUUCGCGCUAGACAAAAAAAACUGAACUACAAGACAGAAAUGAGUUUGAGGUGCUGAGAAGAUGUUGAGACGGACUCUAUCUCGAUCUGGAGAGAGGAAUGAGGGACGCGCUGAUCAACCACAGGCGACACAGAUUCAUGGCUCAACUGUUCCCAACUUCUGUUAUAAGGCAGCUGGAAUGACUCGCUUUUUACAAGUAUGGGAAAUACCAGUACAACGAAAAGAUACAAUAUAUUCAAAUAUAUAGGCUACCCUUUUACUUCAAUAGGCGCGGUCCGUUCUGAAGUUUUUCUAUUUACUUCCUCAGGUUCCGUGAAUAACUUUACUAACCAAACCUCGGAGAACAAGUUGUUCCGGGAUGCCAGAAAAUAUCGCCUUUCUGACGAACAGCACAGAAUUGGGGCACGUCGGUCGCGCGUUGGGUUCGAGCGCGCGUCCCGCCUGGGCAAUAGCGGUGCUGGCCAGCGUGCUGAUCUUCACCACUGUGGUGGAUGUUUUGGGUAACCUGUUAGUCAUCAUUUCGGUGUUCAGAAAUCGGAAACUGAGAAAUGCUGGCAACGUGUUUGUUGUCAGUCUGGCCUUCGCUGACCUGGUGGUUGCUUUCUAUCCGUACCCGCUGGUGUUGUACGCGAUCUUCCACGACGGCUGGGCUCUGGGGGACACCCAGUGUAAAGUCAGCGGCUUCCUAAUGGGCCUGAGCGUGAUCGGCUCCGUUUUCAACAUCACCGGCAUCGCCAUCAACCGGUACUGCUACAUCUGUCACAGUUUUGCCUACGGGCGUCUCUACAGCUACCGGAACACGCUGCUGUUGGUGGCCCUGAUCUGGGCGCUCACUGUGCUGGCCAUUCUUCCCAACUUCUUCGUGGGGUCGCUGAGUUACGACCCCCGCGUUUACUCCUGCACCUUCACGCAGACUGCCAGCAGCUCCUACACUGUGGUCGUGGUGGUGGUUCACUUCCUGGUGCCCAUCGGCGUGGUGACCUUCUGCUACCUGAGGAUUUGGGUUCUGGUGAUACAGGUGAGGCGGAAGGUGAAGAGCGAGGAACGCUCCAGGGUGAGGCCCAGCGACCUGCGCAACUUCGUCACCAUGUUCGUGGUGUUCGUUUUGUUCGCGAUCUGCUGGGCUCCGCUCAAUCUCAUCGGACUGGUGGUGGCCAUCGACCCAGAGGUCAUGGCUCCGCGUGUUCCAGAGUGGCUCUUUGUGGUCAGCUACUUUAUGGCCUAUUUCAACAGUUGCCUCAACGCCAUCAUUUACGGACUCCUCAAUCGGAACUUCCGAAAGGAGUAUGUGCGGAUCAUGACGUCGCUGUGGAUUCCUCGGAGGUUUGUGACUGAGACCUCCAGGGCCGCCACAGAUGGGAUAAGGAGCAAACCCUCGCCGGCCAUCAAUAACAACGAGUGACUUUUGUUUUCAGCCAAUCACUGUUCAAAGAAAAA